AUGUCGACCGCAACGCUUCAAAAGCACCGUGUGAUUAUUGCGUCGUUGUUUCUCCCAACGACAAUCAACUUUGAUCCGGAUGCUACUCUACGCACUCCCCUGUUGCGCGCCCAAGCGUCCAAUAUGCUCGUUGGAACCGGUGCGCCCUCCUCUGAUGAAGAUGCGCAUAAAAUCGCAGCCAAGAUCUCGCUCUCGAGUCCAGUAACCCCAACAGGUCCUCCUCAGCCCCCAAAGGUUCCCGUCCGACCCAAGUUCGACACCAGGCUGAAGAGCAUUGUCGAUGACCUCACCCUUCGAGUUGAAAGCGGAUCCCCGGUGCCAACUCCUGCGCCCGAGGCAGUUCCCAACCCGUUCUCAUCGUUCACAGCGAUGGCUACCGUCCUAAGGAACGAAUCUCCCACAUCAGCUGCUGCCCACCAGAAUCUGAACACCAAGGCUCUGGUUCCUCCACGCAGCCGUCGAUUAUCACGAUCUUCGAAUGUGCGCCUCCGUUCGCCAUCGUCCUCCUUGCGCAUACGCCCUGAUAUUCCAGUCGAAGAUUUCGUUCUCGAACCGAGCGCACAUGCAAACGGUGGCUUAAAUAACGCUGUUAAUAGUGCCAGACAUGCAUUGGCUCAAAAGCUCUGGAUUGGCGUACUUGAUGUCCCUGCGGCUACCAUCAAGGAAGAAGAUCGGCCGCGCAUUGAGAGAACACUUCGUAGCCAAGCCGAUAGCGUCCCAGUCUGGAUAACAGAGGAAGAGUUUCAGCAGCAUUAUGAUGUAUUUUGCCACCAGGUCCUGUGGCCCAGCUUGCAUUAUGCCGUACCGGAUGCACCAAAGACCAAGACUUUCUACGAGAGUACUUCAUUUGAGCAGUACAAAGCUGUAAACGAGAGGUUUGCCGAUGCUAUUGUCAAGGAAUAUAAGGAAGGAGAUGUUGUUUGGGUCAACGAUUAUCACCUUUUACUUGUACCUCAAAUGGUUCGUGCCAAACUCCCCAACGCAACAAUUGGAUUCUUCCUUCAUGUCGCAUUCCCAUCAUCCGAGAUUUUCAGAUGCCUUGCAGUUCGUGAAAGCUUGCUGCGUGGGAUGCUAGGCGCAGACGUGGUUGGGUUCCAAACUCACAACUACGCGCGUCACUUUAGACAAACUGUGUCCCGCAUUUUGACGCUAGAAGCCCUUCCAGGCGGAAUUGAUCUUGGGAGCUCUCUAUGCGAGGUGGCUAUUUUCCCAAUCGGGAUUGACGUACGCGCUCUUUCAGAGAAAAGGCGUGACCCUGCAGUCCAAGAGUGGGUUGACGUUCUUAAAGAGCGAUAUGCAGGGAUGAAGAUGAUUGUUGGUCGCGACAAGUUGGACGAGGUACAGGGUGUCCGACAGAAGCUACUUGCUUUCGAGGCGUUCCUCGAGAAAUAUACCGAGUUCCAAGGCAAGGUUGUUCUGAUUCAAGUCGCACUGGCUACUACCGAAGAGAACGAGAGUCAGGUCGCAGUUUUUGAUGUCGUAUCUCGCAUCAAUUCACGUUUCUCGACUUUGACAUACCAGCCUAUCGUCUUCCUUCAUACACAAGACCUGACGUUCUCACAAUAUCUCGCCUUACUCACGGUUGCUGAUGCAUUCUUCGUUGCCUCGUUGCGUGAAGGAAUGGCUCUGCGUACCCACGAAUUCGUGGAGUGCCAGGAGGGAAAGAAACGACCCUCGCCAUUGAUUCUUAGUGAAUUCACCGGGUCAUAUUCAUAUACGGGUUUCCGUAGUUGCGUCAGCGUCAAUCCUUGGGAUUCGCGCAAAACAGCGGAAGGUAUCUACACCGCCCUGACAAUGGGAGACGAAGAUUGUAUGACGCGCUGGAAGGAUCUACAUAAACACGUUACAACGCAAACCGCGCAGGCAUUUGUUACAUCCUUCGUGACACGGUGCAUACGAACCCACAUGGAAUACCAACGGCGCGCUUUGUCAGAAGUUCCUCAGAUUGACCCCAGCAAAAUUUUCCCAAAUACCACUCCUGAAGAAAAACGAUUGGUGUUCAUAGAUUGGGAAGGUGCUCUCUGGAAUGAAGAUCCAAGGAUCACCUGGCACAGUGGAUUUAGCCCUCCGGCUUCUAAGCUUGAGGUUGUGAGGAAAUUGUUGGCCAACGCACAAAAUGAGGUUUGGAUCCUCAGUGGAAUGGGUGUCCAAGGAGGCCUUGAGAAAAUUGCAGCCGAACUUCCUGGCGUUGGUUUAGUAGCGGAAAAUGGCUGUAUGCUCAAGCCACCUGGGCAGAGCGAAUGGAUUAACCUUGUUCCUGACUUCAAUUUGGAUUGGAAGGGCCCUGCACUUGAGAUUUUAACAUACUAUACAGACCGUACUCCGGGAACCUUCGUAGAAAAUAGAGGCGCGUCUGUCUGCUGGAGAUUCGGUAAUGAGGAGCGAGAUGAGGCAGCCCAAAAAUGGGUACGACGCAGCUCUGCGGAGGCCCAAAACCAUAUUUGGGACAGUCUUGGGGAGAUAUAUGGCUUACGCAUUAUUCCUGGGUCAUCUUCUUUCCUCAUUCUGCCCAAGAACGUUUCUCGUAGCACGGCAGUAGGAACAAUCUUAUCAUCCCAUGAAACCGACAAACCUAUUCUCCCAAGGUCUACAUCCGAGGAUGUUGCUCUGCUCUCACCAGGGUCGCCUGUGUCGCUCCGUGGACCGCAACCCCCAGGUCAACACCAAAGUGUGCCUAUUCUAUACAUUGGAACAGAUGAGCACUUGACUCGUCGUCUAAACGAACUUAGUGCGGCAGAGACGUGUGCAGCAGGGGGACGUGCAACAUUUGCGAAAUGGCGGAUCGACUCUACUCAAAUUGGUGAUUUGCUCGCUGCUUUCAGUUGA